UUUCGUGUUUACAUUAUAGUGCAAAAUUAAAAAAGCUAAACUUUCAUUGUGGUUAUGCCAAUAUGGAAUAAAAUAUAAAACAAUAACAACAAAGAACAAAAAUAUUUUAAUUGUGUUUAACCAAAAAUUGAAUCUUCAAAUGCUGGAAUAAAAUUAAUGAAACUUAAUAGUGAAUUUAAUUAAAAAAGUUGAAUAGUUGUGUGGCCUCGUGGCCUUUACCAAUAAAAAAACCUUGGUUUUAUUAUAACUACAUACAUGGUUGAUAGCCCUUUAACAAGGCAAUCUAGUUAAUCAAAUUCAAAAUGGUUUUGGAAUCGGUUGUUGCCCAUUAUCUCAAUAAAUAUCUCUUCAAUUAUGUGGAAAAUCUUGACAGUAAUCAACUCAAAAUAAGCGUUUGGGGAGGUGAUAUUGUUUUAAAUAACUUGAGAAUACGUGAAAAUGCUUUGGACGAUUUAGAUUUACCAGUUCAAUUAGUAUACGGUCACUUGGGUAAAUUUGUAUUGCAAAUACCAUGGAAAUCGAUAUACAGUCAACCCGUUGUGGCACAAAUCGAAGAUUUAUUUUUGCUGGUAUCACCUAAGCAAAGUGUGGCUUAUGAUGCAGAGAAAGAGCAAAAACUUGAAUUGGAACAAAAGCAAAUUGCUUUAAAGGCCAUUGAUGAAGCGUUCCAGAAAGAAUUAGAAAAAGACGAAAAUAAGGCAGAUCCAUCGUAUGUUGAAAAAUUAGUCGCUCGUACAAUUAACAAUAUUCAAGUGAAAAUCGCCAAUGUUCAUAUCAGAUACGAGGACAAUUCGAAAGCAGGACGACCCUAUGCUUUCGGUAUAACACUGAAUAAUUUUGAAAUCUUCACAACGGACGCCAAUUGGCAAAAGUGUUUCGUUGAUGGCGUUAUACGUCAUGUUUUUAAGCUGGCAAGUCUGGAUUGUUUGUCCGUAUAUAUGAACUGUAAUGCUGAUACAUACGGCACCAGGUCCGAAAACGAAAUAAAGGAACUAUUCCGAAGUAAUAUAGCUAGCAAAACAAAAAGUCCAUCACAAUAUUCCUUUUUAUUGGGACCCAUAUCUUCUGUGGCGAAAUUGCUAUUAAAUUCCGAUCCUAACAGAGAUAGUCCUCCAUUUACCAUACCAAAGACGGAUCUAACUCUAGAAAUGGAAAAACUAAAUAUUGGCGUGACCAGCACACAGUUUCAACUUAUUGUUGGCUUAUUGGAUGAUAUGAAUCAGUUCCAAUUGGCAGUGCCAUAUCGUAAAUAUAGACCUUAUAACAAGAGCUACAAAGGUAAUGCCAAGAUCUGGUGGAAAUUUGCGAUAUUCUCCGUCUUGGAAGAACAAGUUCGUAAAAAGAAUAAAUCAUGGACAUGGGAGCAUAUGAAAGAGCAUCGAGAAUUGUGUAAAACAUAUGCCGAAGCUCACAAAGAACGUUGUGUCAGCAAGAAACCAUCGGCUACAGUUGAAGCAACCUGUACAAUAGCAGAACAAAAAUUAGAUCUCUUUAAUUUGAUUCUUAUACGCAAGCGAGUCCAACUUGAAGUUGAUCGCUUGCGACAAGGAGAAGAAUUGAAAAAAGAAGCAAUUGCUAAAUCUUCUUGGUUUGGUGGCUGGUUCGGCCGGGGCAAGAAGAAUGAAGAUGAACGGACUGAUUUAGAACUUAGCAUACAAGCUGCCAUGACACCUGAAGAGAAACGUAAACUUCAUAAGGCCAUUGGUUAUGAGGAUAACAUGGCACCUUUGGAGUUGCCGGAUCACUAUGAGGCCAUGCAUAUGAAAUUCACUUUAAAAGCUUUAGAAAUUGGACUCUAUGAUGAUUCGGAAUUAUGCAAAACAUAUGGUCAAGGCACAGUCGACUGGCAUUCUUUGCAGACAUUAAUGCUGAUUAAACUUAAUAUGACAACAUGUACUGUUAAGCAGCGCCCUGCAGCAAGCGCUAUUAAUGUCUGUGUGGGUAUGAAGGAAUUAGCAUUGACUGGACUGGAGCAGGAAGGCAUUGCACCAACGAUUAUUAAAUCUAAAAUAUCUGAUGAAAACAAUCUGUUGGAUAUAUUCUUCGAAACGAAUCCUUUGGAUAAACAAUGUGACCAGCGCAUUAAAGUAACAGCUCGUCCUUUAGAGAUUGUCUACGAUGCGGAGACGAUUUUGAAACUCAUGGGCGUUUUUGUGCCACAGCAACAAGUAAAUCUUUCCGAAUUGGAAGGAGCUGCUACUCUUAAAAUAUCUGAUUUUAAAGAACGUUCUGCCACCGGAAUGCAAUAUAUGAUAGAGAGUCAUGCUAUUGUUGAGCUCGAUGUAACGUUAAUGCCAAACAUUUUAAUAUUGCCACAGGGUGGUAAAUAUAGACCUGGCGAACAAUCAUUGGUAGUUAUAGGCUUGGGUGAAUUUAGAAUAUCAUCAGCUCCACACAGAAACAAAUCGAAGGACGUUGUGGCCAUGCACCAAGGAGGCAAGGAUCACGAUGAAAUACUGCAGAUGAUAAUGGAAAAGGCAUACGACCGUUAUAAUGUCUCAAUAGAAAAUAUUCAGAUUAUGGUUUCUAAACCAGAGGACGAUUGGGAGUUGUGCAUGAGAAAAUUGAUUGUAUCGGACAUGCAUUUGUUGCGCCCAACGUCGGUUCUUGUUGAUGCUGAAUUAUGUGUGGUUGAUGAUGAUCCCCGUUUGCCAAAGACAAAAAUCAAUAUUCUUCUUCCAUCAAUCAAUUUAAAUUUGACUGAAGAUCGAGUAUUUGAAGCCUUAAAAGUGGCAAUGAGCAUUCCACUGCCCGAACAAGAAAAACCAACCGAGCAACCAAAAACGAAUCUUUUGAAGAGUGCUAGCCAAUCGACACUUAUGCGUUCAAUACCACAGUUUUUAAACCAAGAUGAACGUCGAAAAACAUUGUCUGCAACAGCAGCUACCUCAUUAACACCCGAAGUUGUGCAGUAUACUAGUCUUGAAGUACACUUUGCUUUAAAAGAGUUCAGUAUUGCCUUGGUCAGGACAUCCUUCGAUGUGGAUUCUCCUUUAAGCGAUGACUCAGUGGAGUUCAAUACUCCAUCACAGCACUCGGAAGAGUCCGAAUUUAUGGACACGCAAAGCUCUGUCAGCCUAUCAAAUCAGGAUUCUCAAAAACUGUUAGCCUUUCAGGUUCUGCAAUUGGAAGUGUACAUGGCCCAGCGAACAUUUGAAAUGGUGGCACAAGCUAAACUUGGAGCAAUCAGUCUCACAUCUUAUGAAACUCGAGCCAAAAAGGAGGAAGAACUUGUUGUCAUCGAAACUCCAGGUUUUACUACAGCUGGAAAAUCUCUACUUAAUGUUACCUUUACUGCAGUGGAUAAAUCGACGCCAGAUUUCAUUACCAAAUACAAAUCCAUUGAACAAUUGGCACGCAUCAACUUUGCCACCUUAAACGUUAUAUUGCACCAGGAGAACCUGCUGCACAUAAUGGAAAUAGCCAAUCAACUACAGCGUAAGGUAGAAAAGAUAACAGCUUCUUCAAAACCGCUAGAAAUUGUCCAGAAUAGAGAUCGCAUGGCCUCGGCAGCCGCUUCAGAUGGAUUUGUAGACCGUCUCGCACGUAUUGCAGAAGAAGCAGAAAUAACACUUGAGAGGAAGACUUCGAUCGCUACCUCUACUGCCUCACCCAAUCUGGCAGUGGGACGGAGAAGCCGGAAAAAUGCUCAGAAUGUUGUUGAAAGCAUUAAAAUGAAAAUCGAAGCCAAUUUGGACCAAGUCGGUUUGGAAUUGACAUGUAAAAAACGUUCCAUAGCUUCGAUGAAAGUAAACCACCUGUAUGCUGGCGUAGUUUUGAAAACUUCAUAUACCGAAGUUCAAAUAGGUCUGAAAGAUAUUCUAAUUAACGACAUGAAUCCGCUCAACAUUCACUCGAACAUCUUAUCCAUUGUCGGCAAGGAUGCGCUCAAGUGCGAUGUUGUCUUGUACAAUCUUGAUGAGACGCGCAAUUACAAUUCUGACGACAUGAAAAUCAAUGUCGAAAUUGGUUGUAUGAAGAUUGUUUUUGUAAAUUGGUUUGUCAAUUCGGUAUUAAGUUUUAUGAAUAAUUUCCAAGCCGCCCAACAGGCUAUAGCCAAUGCCGGCGCCAUGGCAGCAGAUGCUGCCAAACAAAACGCAGUUGCCGUUUAUGAGAAAGCCACUCGUAUGAAAUUGAAUGUUAAGAUAAAAGCACCUGUUAUUAUAGUCCCCAUAGAUUCUAAAAGUCUCGAAGCUGUGGCUUUAGAUUUAGGUCAACUUACAUUGAGUAACGUCAUUACGGACAUAUCAGCUACAGGAAGUGACAAGGGUCCUGCCGUUAUGGAUGAAAUCAAACUGAUACUUAAGGACAUGAGAUUGGCUCGAGUAAAUAUUUUAGAAGAAUCUCACACACAUCAAAACCAAUCGCUGGAUUUAGAGUCUCUAGAUGUUGUAGAUUCGAAUUUUGGUUUCAAAUCGAAAGUCAACAUUUUAGAUCCAACCAGUUUUACACUUGUAGUGAAGCGCAACUUAUCGUUCUCGUGGUACAAAAAUGUCCCUGAAAUGGAUAUAUCGGGCAGACUUCGGUGUAUAGAUCUAAAUCUCUUCAUGGAUGACUACGCUUUGAUAAUGUCGAUAUUGAGUCGCAACAUGAAAGAAGGAAUAAACGAAUUUCCCACUGUUAUGGCAGAGCCACCACAAAAGCCUCGCAUAUCUCCACCAAAAACACCUAUAGAUAGCCCUGCUAAAAAGGCUGGCGACCAAUUCUUAGAAAAAUUACGUACAAAGGUAACGCAACAGGAGAAGAUCAGCGAACAAUUUAAAUUCAAUAUACAAUUGGACGGUGUUGUACUCAAUCUAAUGACGGAUGUCAAUGAAGGACUAGCUCGCUUUGGUUUAUAUGUAAUAUCAUUGAAAGGAACCAAACUUAUGGAUGAGACAUUGACCACAAACAUUGUUCUUUGCAAUAUGCAAUUGGAUGAUACACGACCGAGUAACACAAGUGAAAUCACCAAAUAUCUCUGUCGAAAAGAUUGGUUUGUAUCAGAAUCGGAAAAACAGGCUCAAACCUCAGAAUCUGCUUUAGAGUCGAGCGAAAGAAAUGCUAAAGACUCGCAGUAUAUGUUGGACAUUACAGCUGUGCUUAAAGAAAAUGACACGGUGGCCAAUGUACGAAUUUCUAGUUUUGAUUUGAUAUUAUGUGUCGAUUUCCUUUUAAAAUUGGCCGAGUUCUUUAAAACACCCGAUGUAGAUGAGUCCAUAGAAAUUGAAAAGGAAAAGCCCGCAGAAUUCAUACAAUCUACCCAGCAACAGUCUACACAAUUGAAAAGUAUUGCCACCGUGGCAACAAUGGCCCGUGAAGCUAAAGAAGCUAACGAGGUGGUUAGUAAAAUGAAUUUAACACUGGUUAUCGAUGAACCCGAUAUUAUUCUAGUAGAGACACUAAAAGAUAUGAAUACCAGUUCCAUCAUAUUUAAUAUGCAAGCAAAACUUAUAUAUCGAGCUAUAGGCGCAAAACAACUUAUUAAUGGCAACAUUGAUGGUUUGAAAAUGUAUAUGUGUUCAUUUAUGCCUGAAAGGCGAGAAGCUACAAGACAUUACAUUCUGCAUCCAUGCGUUAUAAAUCUGCACGGUUCAACGCCUGAGGAAGAUGGAAUGCACAUAAGUUUGAAAACAAGCGAAAUUAUUAUCAAUAUUUCUCCAGCAACCCUGGAAUUAUUCAACAAAGCCAUGCAGACAAUAAAUACCGCUGAAACUGAUGAAACCAAGAUGUUGGAAACUAAAAAUUACAACGAUAUUUGGACACCAAAGAAAUUUAAUGAACAAGAUUACUGGUUCCUCAAAGCAGAGCCAGCUGAAGACGCCUUAAUGGCAUUGGAUGCACAACAAACGGUAAGUACUUGUGGCAGUGCCAAGACGGAACGUUGUGUCAUAGAAAUACCAAGCAUUAUGCUGGUUCUAGAAGCGGGCAUUGGAUAUUACACAACACCUUUAAUAUCCAUGGACACCUGUUUGAACGCCAUUGCCAACGACUGGAGCAGCAAUUUAAGUGUAAAUGGUUCGUUAACUCUCACCAUGAACUAUUAUAACCAGUCAUUGGCUGUGUGGGAACCCGUUAUAGAGCAAAACGAGCACAUUGCCAGAGAUGGUGAACGUAUAUUUUCGCCAUGGGAGUUGAAUUUUAAUCUUGGAAUUGAGAAAAACCCUUCAGAAUUCGAAGAGAAUAAAGUUGAUCAAACUACAACAAUUAAAAUACAUUCGGAGGAAAAUUUGGAAAUGACUGUCAGCAAAACUUUCCUAGAUUUAAUCGGUACACUGGGCGAGGCUUUCGGCCAGGCUAUGGAUCCUAAUGGUCUAAUGAAACCCGAUGUCAUUGCCCCAUAUGUGAUUGAAAAUGACACAGGUUUCGAUAUCAACUUGAGUUUUACCUCUGGAAUCUUUACAUUACAUGAAUGUCAUAUACCGAACACAAGUGGAGCCAGUUCACUUAACGGCUCCAUAGUCUUUAAGAAUGAUGUAUCUUGCAAUGUCACUCCCGAUUCGAUUAAGUGUUGCACUUUAUCUCCUGGCUGUAAAGCUUAUUUACAAACUAAAAACUUGGCCACCAUUCAGAAUCCAGAUGAAGAGGAAUACAAUAUUUAUGUUUCGGUGGGACACAUACAAAAGCAACUAGUCUUACCUGUUUCCAAGUCAGACAAACGUUACUUUUCUUUGUUCCGUGACACUAAUCAAGAUCCCUGGGGAAUUGUCUCUGAAGUUAACUCCGAAUACGGCACUACCUCCAUCAACAUACACAGUGUGGUUAAUAUACAAAAUCAUUUUACCACAUCCAUUAAAGUUUUGCGUAUGAAGCCCAAGACUAAGGAAAUGGUACUUGUAGGUAUCGUUGAACCUGGUAAAGUUUACCAUGUACCCCUACAUGCCAUCUACUCGGAGGGCAAGUAUUUACAUUUUGCAAUUGAGGAUUAUCAUACUUCAGUUCAGGGUAUCAAAUGGGAUGACUGUCCUACGGAUAUGAAUUAUAUGCGCCACAUUCAAUGUGAUCCCAUUGAGACAUUUGAACCCUUCUUUAUAAAUGUUAGUCGCGAAAAGACCGAAAUUUACCAUGAACACUCAAAUAAAUUUAAAUUAUUGAGUGCCUAUUACACUUUGCAUUUACGACCACCAGUUUAUCUGCGCAAUGCUUUACCUAUCAAUAUAACAGUAUCAGUGGCUGGGUGUUCAGUGCGUGAGACAGUGUCAAAUUUGGCUGUGCAGACAGAAGAAUCAUUUACAUCGUCUCCGGAAACUGAUACAGAUAGCAAGAAACCUCUACACCAAAGUGAUCAUUCUUUCGUAAAAGAAGACUUACUGGAUUAUGGUGAGAAGGAUAUUGAAGCCGGCAGUGUUUUACAUUUGCCCACAGUUAAAUUAGCUGGACGUAGCAAAGACUCAAAAAGCUAUUUAGUCGUAAGGAUGAUACAAUAUUUAGAACGUGAUUGGUCAUGUACUACAGAAAUUUCAGAGAACCAUCCAGAUGUUACUAAUUGGAAAUUUAACUCUUAUGAUUCAGAUGCUAAAAUGAGCAUGGAUUUGUGUGUAAAGUUUGAAGAUCGUAAUGGAAGUCUGCUAAUAACUCUAUUUUCGCCAUUCUGGCUGAUAAAUAAAACCGGUGAAAUGUUAAGCUAUAAAACGGAUAGUGAAACUGUAGAAGUGUUGUACCAUCCACCUGAAUAUAAUGGACCAAUACUGUUUUCGUUGCGCGACAAGUAUCUGUUUGAUAAAAAGAGCUGUUCAAUUAGAGUUGAAAACGGCGAAUGGAGUAACAAAAUACCUUUGGAUGUAGCUGGUUCAACCGGUUCGGUUUGCUGUAAGGCCAGUGAAAAAAUCUAUCAGAUUGGUGUCCACAAUCAUUUAACGCAAAAUUCGUUAACGAAACAAAUUACGUUUAUUCCCUAUUACACAAUAACCAACAAAUGUAGUUACGUUAUUGAAGUUCAAGAGAGUUCCCGGCCUGGUGAUCCCUGGACUAAGUUAUUGCCUAACGGUUGUUUCCCGUUGUGGCCUAAGAAUGAUUCUGAUCACAUGAUGGUGGCAAAAGUCGAUGGUCAACGUACCGUACCUUUCAAAUAUUCUGAGCCCAUUUGUAAUUUACUACAACUCAAUACGAACAAGAAUGGUGGUAUAAAUGUUGAUGUACAAACUACGGAGGGCGGUAUCUAUAUAACAUUUACUGAGUAUAACUCAGGCGAUGCUCCUGGCCUACUUAUUAACCACAGUAAAAAACCGAUUUAUUACCACGAAAAGGGUGUGGGAAACAAAAUCGUUUUGCAGCAGCGUCAACAAGUUCUUUACACUUGGUGCAAUCCAGCCGGAGAAAGAGUGUUGGUAUUUGGCGAUAAUGCUCUGGAAAGCGACUUGAGACGUGAUGGUAUAGGUAGUAUGAAUUUGGAGGAUAAUUCAAAAGUGUAUUGGGUAUCAUUUUUGGAUGGUCUACAGAGGGUGAUAUUAUUCACAGAAUGUGAAGAGAUUGUUACCAAGUCUGAAACCUCAAAUGCACUGCAGAGUAUAACACAAUCGAUUGAAGUGAAAAUACAUGGCAUUGGUUUAUCAUUGAUUAACAAUGAGACCGGUGUGGAUAUCUUGUAUUUGGGCGUAACAAGCUCAGGUGUUAUUUGGGAAUACAAAAAGGAGUCGAAAAAGCGUUUUAAGCAAUUAAGUUUACACGACACAGCAUUGAUGGAAGCUCUUUAUCAACAGUAUUUAGUAGAAAAAGGUGUUCAUGGCGAUACAGACAAAUGCUAUAUGCUGGAGGGAAAACAUCAGAUUAAUUUUGAUAGUUUAAAAAUGAUUAAGAACAAUGUACCACGUGAUAUUAAACGUUAUUUCCAACCCGGCGUGUGGAUUGCUCUAAAUUCAUCGCCUUUCCAAUCACAAGUCCAUGCUAAAAUCAAUCGCAUCCAAUUGGACAAUCAGCUUACCGACUGCAUAUUCCCCGUCGUCUUGGCACCUAUACCUCCUCCGAAAACACUGGCCAAAACUAUACAUUUUAAGCCCAUCAUUGAAGUCAGUAUUGUUGAGAGAGUUGUGCCGCAUUCGAAUGUGAAGCAAUACAAAUAUGCCAAGAUGCUAAUGCAGGAAUUCCAUUUCAAAGUGGAUCUUGUGUUCCUGAUGGCUAUCGCUGAACUUUUCACAAACACAGUAGACGAUGAACGAGAGGCUAAACUCUUCAAAGGUGAUGUUGAUACUAUUGAACGGCCUCUAUCCGAUUUAGUGCAGAUACAAUCUCAGCAACAACAAAAGAAUUUCUACGACAACUUGCAUCUGGGUCCAAUGAAAGUUCAUGUCAGUUUCUCUAUGGCCGGUGUUGAUACUUCAGUUCUUCCUGGCAUCCUUUCGAAGUUAGUCCAAGGCGUCGGUGUAACACUAACCGAUGUAAACGAUGUCGUAAUUCGUUUGGCUUUCUUCGAAAGAGAAUAUCGUUUCUUUACCCAAGAACAGCUGAUCUCUGAAAUUACUUCGCAUUACACAGGGCAAGCGUUAAAACAGAUCUAUGUCCUAGUAUUGGGCUUGGAUGUUUUGGGUAAUCCUUACGGCUUGGUUAUUGGAAUUAAAAAAGGCGUUGAAGAUUUGUUCUAUGAACCAUUUCAAGGAGCUAUACAGGGACCUGGAGAGUUUGCAGAAGGUUUAGUUUUAGGAGUAAAGUCAUUGGUUGGUCACACAGUUGGUGGUGCAGCUGGUGCAGUAUCCAAGAUAACCGGAGCUAUGGGCAAAGGAUUAGCUGUUCUAACUUUUGACGAAGAUUAUCAGAAGAAACGUCGACAAAAUAUGAAUGCUAAACCGAAGACUUUCCAAGAAGGAAUGGCACGUAGUGGCAAAGGCUUAGUAAUGGGUUUUGUGGAUGGUGUUACUGGCUGUGUAACAAAACCUAUUUCUGGAGCAAAAGAAGAAGGUGUUGAAGGCUUCUUUAAAGGCCUCGGCAAAGGAACUAUAGGCUUGGUAACAAGGCCUACUGCUGGCAUUGUUGACUUUGCCCAUGGUACCUUUGAUUCGGUCAAACGUGCCACUGAACUACAAAGCGAAACAAGACGCCUAAGACCGCCACGCUUUAUACACGAAGACAAGAUCUUGAGAGCCUACUGUUUGGACGAAGCUAAAGGCAAUCAACUACUUAAAGAAAUCGACAAAGGGAAAUAUGCCGGCACAGAUAACUUUGUUCAUUGUGAGGAAAUUAUAACCAAACAGGAAUAUGUAGUUGUUUCGAAUCAUCGUAUUAUUUAUGUAACCCGUAAUGAUAUGUUUGGUUCAUGGAGUAUUCAAUGGACAUAUUUGUGGUCCGAAAUGGAACGAGUUAGCAGUACAGAACGUGGAAUUGAAAUUCUUUUAAAGAAGGAAGGAAAAAAAGUGUUGGGUCUAUUUAAUUCCAGCGAACAACAGCAUAAACUUAUUAUGAUGCCCUUAAGAAAACGCCGUGAAAUACUGCUUGAAGCGAUAGAAUCUCAUCGUAAUAUUUCGUAAAAUAAAACGUUAAACGGUAAAUGCGCACAAGGAGAAAGUGUAUUUAAAAUACGAAACUACAACAUAUGCCUAUAUAUACGAUAUUUCUUUUUUUUAUUAUUUAUACCACUUUGAUUUGAAUUGAAUUCUCUUUUUUGUUAAUUUUCACAAUCAUAUUAACUAUUUUAAUUUUGAUCUGCUUCCGAAAAACGAAUGUAUUAUUUUAUUGUUAUAAACGUAUCGAUUUCAGAUUCGGAUUCAUAUUUAUAUUAUUCAAUUUAUUUAAUUUUGAAAUAUUUGCUUUAAUGCGAACAACAACUUUUUUACUGAUAUAUUUUUGUGAUAAAACAUCAAUAAUCAUGCUUAAAAGCAACAAUAAUAGCUAAGCAGAAACAAUAACAUUUAAAUAUGUAUUUCUAUGUAACUAUUAAUUGAAUAACAGAAUAAUUUCAUUUUUUUAUUGAUGUUCAAUGUUUAUAAAUACAAAUAAAUAUUUUAUUUUUAACUUGAAGUACAUACAGAAAUAUUUUACACGCGAUAUUAACAAAAGAAACGCAUAACGAAAAAUAAAUGUUAUACUUAAAUAUUGUAAACAAUAAUCAAUAA